GCUUCAUCUCACAACCAGUCGAAGGUUCAACUUGUCUUCCUCCAAAGAGCAGACUUCCAUCACUCAACACAAUGGCCAACUGUGGACCUUCCUCUGCUGUCCCAUCCUGCGAAGCCGCUCCAGUCGUUGGCUUCGGAUCCGGAGGCUCCAGAAGCUUUGGCAGAGGUUUUAACUAUGGCAUUGGCUCUGGCAUCGGUUACGGCUCUGGCAUCGGCUCUGGCUAUGGCCUUGCGGGCAGCAUUGAAUCUGCAGCCAACCUGGGAGUUCUCUCGGGAGUUCAGCCAUCCUGUAUCAACCAAAUCCCCCCAUCAGAAGUUGUGAUGGAGCAACCCGCAUUUGUGGUCACCAUCCCAGGCCCCAUCCUCUCUGCCACCCCUGAGCCUCUUCUCGUUGGAGGCCACACUCCAUGUGCUGUUAGCGGAGUUGGCAUUAGUGGAUUUGGUAGUGGAUAUGGUAGUGGAUUUGGUAGUGGAUUUGGUAAUGGAUUAGGUAUUGGAUACACUGGUGGGUAUCUCAGUGGUCGUCUUGGUGGCCGUCGUGGAUCCCUGGUGGGGAAAGGCUCCAUCUGUGGUCUCGGUAUUUAAGUUCUCAUGGACAUUUGGCCCGGAAAUGGAACAACGGAAUAUCUCACAACGGAACACCCAAGCCUGAGCUGAGCUGAGCACUUUCUGCUGGAUGAAGUCCAUGGAAACUGGGACAGUGUUCAGUACCAGUGGAAACCAGGCACAUGCAUCUCUUUCAUCAUCCUGCUUUCCAUCUAAAUGCAUCCCUCUCUGUUCCUUCUAUUUGUGUUCUUCUCUGUAUGUGACCUUCUUGCUGAGUAAACUAAAGACCAUAGGAUUCCUGAACCACUCCUGUUGAAUAUGAUGCAAAGAACUAACUGAAAUGAGUUACGUUAAUUUGCCUCACUAAUUGCCAAAGCAAGAACUUGAAUUGUGCAAUGGAGAAGCUGUCUCUUCACCUGUAUUAUUUAUUAUUUGUCCUUUUCUGAACCGUUGUGUUCCUUCUGGAUUUGUCUCCUUUCAGUCUUGAAUAAAGCUGAUUCUGCAUGAUAA